CCGGGGAAAGUUGUUUCCUGAACUUUUUGAGAAAGCGAUACUAAUCAAAGAGGUUCAUAUUACUGUGUCUUCCCCAAUUCCUUUCUUUCUAGGAUACGGAAACGAGUGAGUGUGAAGAAGAAUAAUUUGAUUCGCAUAAACGGAUGAAAAGGGAAUGAUUUUAAACCAUGGAGCAGCCAGAGAUGAAACCAACCUCAAGUGCCUCAGAAGAAAUGGACGAUCUGCAGGCCCAACUAGCCGAUUGCCGAGCGCAGUUGGAGCACUGGCAGGGUGUGGCGACGAUUUGCGAGAUGAGCAAACAGGAGGAGCUGGGAGAGCUACAGAGACAAUGCGACCAGGAGAUUCAGUCACUACAGGAGGCUUUGAGAGAGACGGUGGCUCAGUAUGAAGCAAGGAUCUCAGCACUGCAGUCUGAGCGUGCUCAGUGGAAGAGAGUCUCUCACUCCUCACAGGGCAACAUAAAGAAGGGAAAAAGUGAUGGGGAGCCUGUCACGAAGGAGGGACAUGGAGAGAGAGACACCAGCCCAAUCAGUAGCCAGAGAGGGAGACAGGCUGAUAAAGAGAUGGGCAUACAGGCCGAGAGGCAUGAUGGAGAAAGGGCGGACCUGGAGGCGCGUGGAGAGGGGGGAGAUAGUGAAGGAGGGAGCGAGGGGGGAGAGAGCGAGGGAGGGAGCCUGUUGAUUGAGGGCUAUUUCUCUCAGCACUGCGACACCUCCUCUCUCUCCUCCUUCUCCCUGGACACCCCCUCGCUGCCCCGCCGCCUGCCCCCCCAGGAUGACACCGCUUCCCUCCUGUCCACAGGCACGCUGGUGCCCGAAGCCAUCUACCUGCCCCCGGCUGGACACCGGCUGAUCACGCACUCAGACUGGGACGCCCUGCACGCACAGGUGACGGAUCUGCAAGGUGAGGUGACUCGGCUGCGAGAGGAGAGAGCUGACCUGGAGAAAGAGCUGGUCACUCACACCACCGACACACAGAGACAGGUUACAGUCUUGCAGACUCAGGUCCAGACCUCAGAGAACCUCCUCCAGGAGCUGCAGAAAUCUUUGAGCCAAUCGCAGAGUGCUGUGAAGAGCCGCCUGGCCGAGCUCUCUCUCUCCCAGAAGAGGAUGUGCAGUGAGCUGUCCAGGCUGAGGGGAGAGAGAGUGGAAGAGGGAGGUGAGCACAGUCUGACAGACAUCAGCCCAACUCAACAGGGAGCACACUGUGAGGAGAGACUACGCAUUGAGAUUGUCAACUUGAAGGAGCAGCUGGACACCCGGACCGAGGAGAGCGAGGUCUUAGAAGUCCAGCUGUCCAGUCUGAAGACAGAGACGGAUCGUAUUCAGUGCCAAAAUGAUAAGUUGCAAAGUGAGUUACAGGCCUGUCGCACUGAACUCUCUGGCCUGCGAGUGGCGCUGUCUCACCUGCAGAGAGAUAGCAAGGCUCAGAGCAGUGACAAGGCUGCCCUGCAGCAACAGUGUCUGGAGCUGCGCAGUCAGAUGAUCAGUCUGCGCAGUCAAUUGGACACCAGCCAGGCAGUGCAGAGGGACUUUGUGCAGCUGUCACAGUCACUACAGGUGAAGUUGGAGUUAAUCCGUCAGGCUGAAUCCCUGGAUCAAGUGAAAGAAAUUCUUGGGGAAGCGUUAACUGAUGAUCACACAGAGCCCAGGGAAACCACGUGAGCCAAUUGGAAUCAGUCCCCGGUAUGACGGAGCAACAUAAAAGGACAUUUUUAAAUGGUGAAAGGGAUUCUGUUUCGUCUGUGAAACAGAUGCAUUGAUGAUUAUAACACUGACCCAAUUUUAUGAUUAUUCUUAUCAUGAUUAACUUAGUCUAGAGGGUUAAAACAAUGAAGGAUAACUGAUCACUGCUACAUCUAUUCUUCAAACUAAUCUUACUGAUGUAAAAGAACAGAUGUAUUAAAAUGUCUUUCUAGGUCCUUUCUACACCCUACAGUUGUUCACCACUAUUUCAGAAUUUUGGCAUAACUGGGUUGAGGAUGCAGAUUGAGGUUUGUUAGUUCUGUUUCUCGUGUUGAACUCUGCAUUCAGAAAUUGUGCCGCAAUGCUCAAAUCCGAAGCAAGGUUGUUAAAAUAUCAAACAGGAAGUAUAGUAAAACAAGUAGAUACUGCCAUGCAGGACAGCAGUAUACCUAGCAAGUCUAGAAGUCAGCAGACAAUAUUUGUCAGUGCGAGGCUAGCUGUGUCAUGUGGUUGGAUUCCAACAUAACCAGUUAGCUUGCAAUAUUUUAUAUUUGCUGCUUUGUGCAAGCAAUUGUUAGUAAUGCAGGAGGCCCUGUUGCUGUUGAAAGAAGUAACAUGAUAACAAAUGCAAAAAACCCAAGAUAUGUAAUUUAUCUUUUUUGAAAGGUUCACUUGCUUUAAAAAGAAUCUUACUAGCUAAUGUAAUGUGAUGUCAGCUGAUGGUAAACUCAGUGACAGUCAGCUCUGCCAGGCUGCUUGCUGAGCAUCAUGGCAUACUGGAGGACCGUACAGGUCCUCUGAACAUUGGGAUAGCAUGAUGUGACUCAAAACUCUUUCUGAAACCACCUCUAGAAUAGCACUCCAUAACCAGUUGUUGAACACAGCUGUGAACUGUGUUAAGUGUGCACACACUUAACACAGUGUUAAGAAGUGUUGGAACAUUCAGAACCCUGUUUGAACCCUUGACAUGGUCAUUAAACACUAUUGUGGGCAGGGUCUUAGUGACCAAAUGGACUCUAAAUAUAAUGAACUAUUGAAUAUAUUGAACUAUUGCUGGAUUUUCUCAGUUCUGGUGGAAAAAAGGUAAUGUGCUAUUUACAUUCCAUUGUUGGAUGAUGUCACAGACGGGCAAACUAAAACAGUUAUGGUUCUUCAAAGAACUGACAGGUCGCUCCCAGGUCCAACAGAGUCCCAGCCUACUACACCUCCCAGUACCCAUCACCCUAUUUUCAUUAGUAUCUCAUCAGCGUCAUCAGGUUUGGUUCUAUUUGUAUCAAGUCCAUCUUGAUCCAAUAACCUACAAAUUCCUCUAAGGGUGAGCAGAUCCUUUGUUACUCUGUCAGGUGAAUGGGGAGAAGGGCAGAAAACUUGGUCCCAUCAUAGUCCUAAUUGAGUUUAGUAUUUGUAGAGUUGGGGGGGAUUU